GUUUUUCGCUUUCACUGAUCAGAGUCAUCAUCUUCAACACUUCACCAAUAUAAUAAGCUUUCAUGAAUUCAUCAAUGGCAUUCUUCAUCCUCUCCUUCUCUCUGUCCUUUACUCCCACUUCCUCGCUCUCACACUUUACUUGAACAACUCCCUUCAUAAUGUUCAAAAAAGUGGUUGGCUUCAAGCCCACCAUUUCUGAACACCCCAACCGCCGCUUCCACUUCUCUUCUCCUUCCCCUUUUUCUCCGUCUUCUGUUUCCCUCUUCAAAUACACAUGGCUUUUCUUCCUAUUCAUAAUAUCACUCGAAUUUAGCCUCGUUCGCGCAGUUCAUCCCUACCCCAACAUCCUCCUCCCGUCUCAAUCUGUCCUUGACUCGUCGCCUUCUUGUACAGCAAUGGAUCCGAGGUUGAAUUACCGGCCGGUGAUCGGAAUCCUUAGCCACCCUGGCGAUGGUGCUUCCGGCAGAUUAAGCAACGCGACGAAUGCGUCUUAUAUAGCUGCUUCGUAUGUCAAGUUUGUCGAAUCGGCUGGAGCAAGAGUUAUUCCGCUUAUAUAUACCGAGCCGCUUGAGGUUAUUUUCGAGAAGCUUAGUUUGGUGAAUGGAGUGCUCUUCACAGGAGGAUGGGCUAAAGAGGGUCUAUACUAUUCCGUUGCUCAGAAGAUUUUUGAGAAAAUUUUGGAGAGGAAUGAUGCUGGAGAUCGUUUCCCUUUAUAUGGCGUUUGCUUGGGUUUUGAAAUCUUAAGCAUGAUCAUCAGCAAGAAUAGGAACAUUCUUGAACCAUUUAAUGCAUCGUAUAUGGCAUCCACACUUCAAUUUGUGGACAAUGUAAAUAUUCAAGGAACAGUCUUCCAAAGAUUUCCACAUUAUUUACUGGAGAAAUUGAGUACAGAUUGUAUUGUUUUCCAAAACCAUUAUUUUGGUAUCUCGCCAGAGACAUUUGCACAAAAUGAAGAAUUGACCAAAUUUUUUCAGAUAUUGACAACUAGUAGUGACAAAGACAAUAAGGUCUAUGUCUCCUCUGUACAAGCUUGGCAUUAUCCUGUGACUGCAUUUCAAUGGCAUCCAGAGAAAAACGCAUUUGAGUGGGGCUACUCCGUGAUUCCGCACACAGAGCAUGCGGUUGAAGUGACACAACAUGUUGCCAACUACUUAGUCAGUGAGGCCAGGAAAUCAUUGAACAAACCACCUGCACAAAAGGUCAUUGAAAAUCUCAUCUACAACUAUAGCCCAACUUUUGGCGGCAAGGCUGGGAAGGGAUUUGAUGAAGUUUACAUAUUCGCAUAGAAAAUCUUUGGUUACAUGAUCCAAUACACAACUGCCAUCUCGUGGAAUUGAAUUGUUGUACUAUUACACUAAUAAGUCAUUAUUUUCGAUGGAGAGAAAAUUAGAAAAUUGACCAUAUGUAACUUCUAGAAUGUAUCCCACCAUCUUAGUUUCUACUCUUUGAAUAAUUGUUGAGACUGGCUCAAAUAGCAUUAAUAAUACAAAUGUGCUAGUCGUCUUUUAUUUAA